AUGGCUCUGAACAAUGUGGACGACACGUCAAGCACCUUACACAACGUCACAAAGGACUUUGACAUGGUGGCGAAGGUAACUGUGGCGGACUUUAUCUCACUGCUCAUCUACUCCUUCACCUUCCUGCUGGGCCUGCCCGCCAACCUGCUGGUGCUGGGCGUGUACACCCGCAAGGCUUGCAAGCGGGGAGCCACGCCCAACGUGGUGUAUGCCCUCAACCUGUGCCUCGCCAACCUGGCGCUGGUGGCCUGGCUGCCCGUCAAGGCCCUGGAGGUGGUGCUGCAGAGGUGGGCCCUGCCCCCGACUCUCUGCCUUGUCUACAACUUCUUCCUCUUCGCCUCGCUCUACGGCAGCUGCCUGUUCCUCACCGCCGUGGCCGUCGGCCGCUACCUUAGCGCUGCCUUCCCCAUCAGCUACAAGCUGUACCGCCGUGCCCGGCUCUCCUGCGGCGUCAGCGCCGCCCUGUGGGCGCUGGUGCUCAUCCACCUGGGGCUGGGCCUGGCGGCAGAGGGAGGGGCCUAUUUCACCCACACCUCCACGUACAACAACACCUCCACCUGCUUCCAGAACUUCACUGCCGAGCAGCACGCCGUACUGCUUCCUCUGCGCCUGGAGAUGGCACUGCUGCUCUUUCUGCUGCCCCUGAGCAUCACGGCCUUCUGCACGCUGCGCUGCGUGGCCCUGGUGAGGCACUCCUGCCUCCCCGCGGGGCGGAAGCGGCGGGUGGUGGCCGUGACCUUCUCCACGCUGGCCGUGUUCGUGGUGUGCUACGGCCCCUACAACCUGUCGCAUGUGGUGGGCUUCGUGAUGCGGGACACGGUGGGCUGGAGGAGCGAGGCCAUGCUCACCAGCUCCUGCAACGUCUUCCUGGAGCCCGCGGUGAUGCUAAUGCUCUCGCCCUCCCGCCUGCCCGGGCUGGCGGGGAGACUCUGCAGGAGGGCAGCGGGACCUGGGAGAGCGACGUCAGCCACACACUGA